AUGCUUACGCUGACGAUACUCUCACUGUUGUCCAUUCUUCCUUCAAUGUUGAUUGCUCUUAAAUGUCAUCAAGUUGCUACAGCAAAUCUCGCAUCUCCUCCAGAAACUCAGCCUACGGAAUGUAUAGCUGGCAGUUUGGCCUGUGUGAAACUGAUCGAUUAUACAUCGAAAACCUUCUCAAAACAAUGUCAACAAUUUAAUUGUACGGUGAGUUUCUUAACCGAAAACAAAACUUCCUCGGACUCUUCUAAUAUCUCUGACGUAAUCAACGCCGGUAGCCAUGGCGACUCUGAACAUCAGAAAACGACUGUUGCUCCGUUCCGUAACGAUGGUGAACAGGGCAGAAGCCAUUGA